AUGUUUCGCCCUACUCAAUCCUCGCUCCUUGACCAGAAGAUGGCUGGUGGCCGGAGGACUACUCGGGACGGCCUUGUCUCGCCACCGGAUACCGAGUCAAUUUCUUCCAAUCUCGGCUCCUAUGCAACGCCCCAACGGCGGCCCUCUCAGCCAGAAAACCUUCUUCCAACCAUACCAGCAACUCCAGAUAUGCAUGAGUCUGCCGGUGCCCGUUUUCGUCGAUUUGCAGGAAUUCCGUCAUCUCAGUCUGGAUCUCGCGAGUUCCGUGGUGCAUCCAGACCACAGACUCGCUGGUUGGUCGUUCUACUGCCUCCAGAUAAUUUGAUCAAGGAGCUUUCAGUUGGUCAUCGCUCUCCUGGGAAACUCUCGAGCGGCCUGCUCGUGCCCCUCUUUCCAACUCUCUUUGCGCAACUCACGGCUAUUGCCAAGGAGUUUAGUCUUCCUAGCACCACUGGACUGUGCCUCUAUCUUCACCUCCCGGAUGCACCUGAAACACCCCGGAUUACGGACGAUGUGUGGCCCUUGCUAUGGGCCCGGCACCUCCACACCGACGACGCAUCGCUCCCUCUCGGUCUACCUGUCGCCGGUCGCGUUCAAUUUGACAUUGACAUUCCGAGCGCACGUUGGUACCCUAUGUGGUUCACCCACGUCUCGCGAAAGGAACUCGUCCCUGACCUCGCUCGUACCAUUCCUGCGAGCCCUAGGAGUCCCAGAAGUCCCAGGGGUGUUACCUCUACUCCAACGGAUGCAGCCCGAGUUCAGAAGGUUCCACGUCCGCUUGCGUUGGUUCCUCGCCAGGAAUCUGCGCCUCAAGUUCAAAUUGAUUCAGGUCCUUCCCCGGUGCCCAGCCCAUCAAAGGUGGAAGCUGUUCCAGUAGCCAACAAGGAGACGGUUGAGAAAGUCAGGCGCUGGAGUGCACUCGUUACUCCCGAACCAGCAGCGCUUCAGCAAAACCCCCCUACUGAGGAGCCAGCCUCUCUUCCAAACGAGGAUUCAAACGUGCUUCCAACGGGGUCCAUAGUCGUCGAGGAGGCUGAAACAGUACUGGAGCCGCUUAACUUGGAAGACUUCCAAUGGUCCAUUACAUCAGCGGGUCCGCCAUCCCCCGUCUCAUCUUGCGCCACCACAGCUUCAUCGCGUGUUCCUUCUAUUCAUCUCCUUGAGCGAGUCGAAGGCUCGGUCAUCCUUACGCCUACGACCGCUACAUCUUGGGGACCUCGCUAUGACUCUGACGCUGAAAUAGAGCUUGAACCUGGUGUGGAGUGGAAUGUACGUAGCCCAGAUCUGGGCGAGCGCGCCGAGGGCUCAGUGCUCCUUACUCCAUCGACGGCUACUUCGUGGGGUCCUCUCUCAUACCCACCUACCCCUGCUCAGUGGGCUGCCAUGCAUGAACUCGUUCGUUCUCCCGACCUAGGGGAGCGUGCUGAAGGAAGCGUACUCCUCACACCUUCAACCGCAACGACCUGGGGCGCACCAUCCAGCUACCCGCCUACUCCGUCUGAAUGGCGCGCACUGACAGAACACAUUGUUCGCACUCCAGACUUGGCACGACGUGCCGAAGGUUCUGUACUCCUCACUCCGUCCACUGCAACAACUUGGGGCCCACCAUCAACUUACCCCGAAACUCCUGAAAUUGCGCGACCGAGGGAGUGGGUGCCCAGUCCCGGGUUGGGCGAUAGGGAACUCCUUACCCCUGGCCAAGUUGGCAGGUUAAGCACGAUGAAUUGGGGUACUACGGUCGAAACCGAAGAAGAGGCCUAUGCUAGAAUGGGACUUAGUUGGCCCGACGGCACUGUACUGUCCGGAAUACAGGAGGAAGCAGACGAAGAAUCUGAAGGUGAACGCGAGGACGAACAUGACAAUGGGAGCGAGGACGAGGACGAGAAUGAGAAUGGGGAUGGCUACGAGCAAACAGAGUCACUCGAAGAUGUACAAAUCGCUUCCGUUCAACGUGCGGUACGAUCCGUUCGCGAUUCGGUCCUGGUCCAAAUCACGCAAGAAGUGCAUUACGACGAUACCCCAUCGGUUGCUGGAUCCAAUGAUGAUGUCGAAUCUCUGUAUGAUGGCCAUACCUUUGGUCAGGAGGACGAACCUGAACGUGCGUUCGAGUUCGAGCUUGAGCUUGAAUCACCCCAGCUCGCCAUAGUUGCGGAAGAGCACCACGAUGCGAUCAUGGUAGAAUCUAGCCAGGUUCAAGAGGUACAUGCAAGCCAUGGACUAAUUGUGGAAGAUUAUGAUUUCCGAGCAGACACAACGCACGAUCAAGUGGAGAUCAAUUUCAAUGAAGGACUUGAGUUCGUCUCGGAGGGCGUGAGCGUUUCGUUGGAUGGUCCUGCCAGUGGCGUAUCCAUGGUGGGUGACGUGUUCGAGUACGCAUUCCCCGACUCUAGGGCCGAACCGGCUUUCCCUAUCUCUGUGUCUACGUCGGAGUUCCCACUAAGCCCUGCCAUUGACUUGGACUCCCCAAUGCUGCCCCCAUUCACUUCAGAAACGCGGGAGGAAACCAUUACCAUUACGACUACCACAAUUGAGGUCAAUGCUAUUACGACGGUUUCCACACCCAGGCUCCUGUUCCGACCCAAAGCUACGGCGCAUAUCCGUACCUCGUCAUAUAUCCCACCGUGUACCCUUACCUCGAUUUAUAUCCUAGUGCCCCUGCGGCCAAGCUCUCACGCCCGGCGUUGGGUUUAUCCACCCAACCCCAACAUACAGCUUCACCUUCGGUCGCCAAUAGCCCAGUUGACUCUGCCCGCUCUCCCGCUUCGAGUCGCAAAUCAAGCCUCAGCAUCCAUGUGCCCACAAGCCGCUCGCGUUCGCGUUCCAUCGUCGCUGUCAACCCAGCCGACAAGCGGUCCGUGGACUGGUCGAGGUCGUUACCUCCCGUACCGCCGGUCCCGCGCUGUAGGCAGUUUGGGAAGCGUUCGAGAAGUUCUUGCAGAGGAAGCCGUUGUAUUCGAAGAGGAUGGAGAUGUUAAGGACGAACUUUCGGUGCCAAGCCAGAAUUCUCGACCGCAGCCAUUAUCCACUGCGUACCCUUACCGGUAUCCAGAGAAUUUAGAACAAUUGUACCCUCCGAAAGAUGCGACCCUAUACCCGACUAGUCUCGGGUGUAUCUAUCCCGCCCUCAAAAAGAAGGCCCGAGCGACUUCCUCCAUCACUGCUCACUCGGUCGGCACGAAGGCAUCAACGCUGAAUAAUUCGCCGGCGACUUAUUCGACUCAGCCUUACCCAAUCUUUGACCUUUACCCUGCAGUUUACCCGCACAACUUGAGGAACAUUUACCCCGCUCUUCCUCAGGCUUCGUUGGUACCUAAAGUACAGGCAUCUACAGUAAAGGCGUCUACGGUACCACCCAUUACCCUCGUAACCCCAAGAAUCGUUUCCUCAGUCCAGUCCGCGCCCGCACACCAAGCCGAAGAUGUUACAAUGUCGAGAGGGUACCCGUUCAUUGAGAUCUACCCAGCGGUCUAUCCGUACAAUUUGACAGGCCUUUACCCUCCGAUCCUAAAGGAGGUCACGGCUCUCGAAUCUAUCCCUGUUCAGGUUGAACAAGCCCAGACCCUCGCCGCUCCUCGUGCAAUCGGCUUUGCAUCAUCAGCCCCGACAUCGUCUCGUGAUGGAUACCCUCUCAAUCUUGAAAACAUUUAUCCCGCUAUUCCCGGUCGUUCCGAGCCCAGUUUGUCUACUCCAAGUACUACCUUGCCGCUUGCUGCUCCUACCCCAGAGAUCGAGGCACGAGCAACUGAAAGCCUUUGGCUUGCUCGGACGUACCCGAACUUGGAACUAUACCGCCCGGUAUACCCAUACAACUUGAUCAUCUAUCCCCCAAUCGGGAUCAUACAUGAACCCGAAGCAACACGAGUUGUACAAAAUGAAGUAGCCGGGGACUCUCCAGUGUCGGAUGAGAACCUUGACAUAGGAAAUGAUGAUAACAAGGUGUUGCCCAAGAAAACGAGAAAGACCCAUGCACAGCUGUGUACCGAAGUUUGGCGGAAGACGCACGCUCAAUUGGUCGCCGAGGUAACAGCCUUGCGGCCACGUAAGUCCCAUGCUGAGCUCGAAGCGGAAGUUUUCCCGGGUGGUUUGCCUGAAGCCAAGUUCGUACCCCAGGCUGAGCCUAGCACCCCGACACUUUCGGUCACAGAAAUUCAUAGCGAAGAGUCAAAGCCUGUAGCUAAACCUGUACUUGAGCAGCUGGUCCCAGUUUCCGCCCCAGCUCCAGUACCAAAGUCUGCGCCUGCGCCUGCUCCUGCUGUAGCAGCCCUGCGCCGACAACGUUCCGGGACCAUUAUGCGUUCUUCGCCGACUGAGUCACUUCCGUCGCCUUCACCUUCUCAAGAUGCCGGUGUUGACCUGGGGCGUUCCCGGUCUAUGGUCGAGGUACGAACGAAAAUGCUUGAACGAGCACCCGCUAGGUCACAGACAGGGGGGCCCCAAGAGUCGCCAGCUAGAACCCUUGUCCGCCAAAAGAGCGCCUCAUUUGAGCGGGCGAAAUCACUAUUUCAUACUCCUGAAGAAACAAAGCCUGAAGGCUCACAGACUCCCUCUGUUCGUUCAGUGCCUAUGCGACGGGUGACAAAACUGGACAUGUCCAAGUUUGGGUUUGCCUAA